CAUGGAGUAUUCCGUCACGAUUGCGUGAGAAGUCAGUGAAAGAUAGUGCAAUUCGGAAGACCGGUCUUGGCCUUUGCCAACCACUUCACCCACUUCCGAUGACCACAAGACUAGCGAAUUUUGAAGAAUGCGUCUCGUCGGAUCAUUCAUAUGGCGUAUGUGUACGUUCAGCCGCGACAGACGGAUCUCUCUACCGAUCAUAGCUCUCAUCCCCAGUGAUGUCAAAAGGCAUCGGAUCUAGUCAUGCUCGAAUCCAAUUUCAGGUCCGGUGGAGCGGACUCGAGAAUGAAUCGACAGAGUACAGCGACAAUGCACCGUCUUCUUCAGAAUCCUCGGACUUUUGUUUUCCUGCGGAGAGAGAACUAUCGCAGUUCACUACUUGCCUCGAUCAGAAUUCUCCAGAUUCCUCCCCUACAGCAGGGUCCAUUUUCGAAUUUCCCUACAGAGGGACCACCAAAUCUCACCAAAUUUUUAUCACGAGCCCGGAAACACACCUUGGUUCACUUCUGAAUCCUUCCGAGCUGUGGAUUUCGACGUACCCCGAGGGUAAGUCUCUACCAAUAGGACAGAAAUCUUCUUGUUGUGAUGCUCCCAUCAUCGAGCGAUUCGUUCGCAGGCUCCAUUCACCAAAACGAGAUCACGAGGACGCAGAGAGCAAUCCCACCCCCAGGACUACCCGUCCUGUGCAUGGGGCGCAGAAGAAGUUUUUCAAGAGGUGGAACUCGCUGGGCGAGAGAGGAUUGCCCGUAAGCUUCCACGAGAGGUCGAACAUUGGAAAGGUGUUGCAAGCAUUCAAGAGCACCAAAAAGGCCAUGCUCAAGUUCACAAGGACGAGGUCAAGGAGGUCCACUCCCAAGGACUAUCGUCGGAGAGUUGUGGUGAAUGGUGUGAAAAUACGAGAUGAUUGUGUCAGGAAAGCCGAAUUACAAGCAGGACCUAUCCAUCCGGGCGACUACUGGUAUGACUCGAGAGCUGGCUUCUGGGGAGCUGCUGGGGGACCAUGUCGGGGAAUCAUCCCUCCUUUAAUACACGAGCUCGACUACCCCAUGGCCGCAGAUUGUGCAGGCGGAUCGACAGGAAUCACUGUGAACGGAAGGGAGCUUCACCACAUGGACCUGCAGAGGCUGGUGGGCCGCGGAUUUCCGAAAGCUCCAGGCAUGGCUUACCGUGUGGACAUCGACGGCAAAUUUGUGGAGCUGUCUUCCGGGGCGGAACUCAGGAGUCUGGGACACCUAGCACCGUCCAUGAAGCAGAAGCGUGGAUCUGGAAUGUACCAUAGUCUGUCUCCAUAGUACACAUGCGUGCAACCAGAGUCGACCGAGCCGAGCUUCGAUCUAGUGCAGAAUGAAUGAGGCUUGAAGCACUCACUUCGGCAUUGUCGCCAGUCCUGCAACUCGACGUGCACCUACCUUCGAGCAAAAGGCUUCUCUACAUGCAGGAGCACAUGUUUCCACAUGCAACAACGUCCUUUUCCUCAGGGGGGUGAGAAAGUUCUUGGAUUAGCCAAUUGCGCGGUUAUCACCCAUAAACAGAGCCAAGCACACAACAAUUCAUACAAUUCGCUCGAGUAUCCACGUGAGUAAAUAAAUUGGAGUAUCUGGGUGCCACGGAUUUCUGGCAGCAGCAUACCAUAGAACCUCAUGCUAAAGUCUUGAUAAGAAUGAACAGAAGUCCAACGAUAAAUCCACGGCACUUUAAAUUGGACGUUUUCACUUGACGUAUUGUUAAUGAUAAUUCUCAAGAAUGACUGACAUGCAAGAUGACUCUCU